AUGCAGGGAUGCUAUCUAGGCGACAAACUACCACAGGUACACGACUUGGUCCUGGCGUUUGUUGGCCUCGCGCUUGUUUUCGAGUAUAUCCUAACCAUAGAGAACCCCGAUAUCAACGCAGACGAUCGGUGUGGCACUCCAAUUAUAGCAGCUACGGAAAACGGCCAUCACGAGAUUGUGGAAUUGCUACUCCGACACAAUGCUGAUUUAGCGUAUUCAAAAUUCUCUUCAGUUCUUGGCACAUACCCGCGUUCAAACCACACACGUUUCCACAUAGAAAAUGCUGUUACCAAGGCUGCAUCUAUUAGACAACAUGCGGCUAGGGCCAGGGCAGUAGUAGCUAAUAGAGAGCUGACAGCUGAAGCUAAAUCCUCUACAGCUGUAGCUGCUCGCAGCUCCUCUGCAGUUUCUAACAAUAGGGAAGAGGAGGUGGAGGAGGGAGAUGAGGAGGAAGAAGAGGAGGAUGAGGAGGAAGAGGAAGAGGAUGUUAAUGAUAAUAAUAAACUAGAUUUAGAUGAGGAUGAUGGCCUGCCUCCUAAUAUUAAAAAUAGAGUCGUGAAGCCAUACAAGGAGAAGCUUGCUAGGAGAUUAUAUGGCACUAAAGAGGCAUAUAAGAAGUAUAUCUAUAAUACCUAUCUCAACGAGAUCAAGCAGCGCUAUUUAAAGGACCUUCCUAGUAAUUACUCAGUUCAAAUAGAUGAGGUUAAAUGUGCCUUAUAUGACACUAUGCAGAGUGCCAACUAUAUCAUUGCUGGCCUGGCUAAGAAAUCCCUUAAUAAUACCACACGCCGCACCUUUAAUAUUAAGGAUGUUGAAAAAGCCUUCUAUAAUGCACUUAACCCAGUUAUUAGUAUAGAGGAGUAUAAUAUCACUAACUACCAGGCCUCUGUGAGGUAUCUCUCUAGCUAUAGUGGCUAUACCCACCAUGAUAUUAAGGAUUUUGACUCUACUGGUACUGAGCAGGUUUCAGUGGACUGUGUGGCUCUACUCUAUAUACUAAAAAGAGUGCUGAAAAAGCAGCCCACUGAGGAGCUUUCUAAUAUUCCUAUGUUAGAUAUAUCCAGCUCACCACCUACAAUACUGAAAAAGAAGCAUGUUAAUCAUACUAAUCACCUCAAUAAGCAACAGGCAAUUUCCAGUGCCAGCUCAUGGAUUACUGGCGCUGCAAUAUAA